CCCUCUCUCCGUAAUUCCAUAGCAGAGAGAGAGAGAGAGAGAAACCGAAAGAGAGAGAGCGACCUCGGGAGCAUCGGUUUCGGAGGUCAGUCAGGUCGGAGUCGAGACGCGGCGGCGAUGGCGAUGGAGGACGAUCGGAGCAAGAAGGACGACGAUUUCAACGAUACGGUGGCGGAGGAGACCUCCGUCGAGAGGAUAUUCGAGGAGAGCGGCGCUGUUCCUCCGCCGUGGCAAAACCAGUUGACUAUACGAGCACUGGUCGUGAGUUUCGUCCUCUCGAUCAUGUUCACUUUCGUGGUGAUGAAGCUGAAUCUGACCACCGGAAUCAUCCCGUCGCUCAACAUCUCCGCCGGUCUCCUGGGUUUCUUCUUCGUCAAGACAUGGACGAAGCUUCUCCACAAGGCUGGGUACCUGAAGCAGCCCUUCACCAGGCAGGAGAACACUGUCAUUCAGACUUGCGUCGUCGCUUCCUCCGGCAUCGCCUUUAGCGGAGGGUUUGGAAGCUACCUGUUUGGAAUGAGUGAUGUGGUGGCCAAACAGAUAUCGCCAGAACCCAGCCCUCCGAUGACCAUAAAGAACCCACAAUUGGGAUGGAUGAUUGGGUUUCUUUUCGUCGUUAGCUUCAUCGGCCUUUUCUCUGUGGUGCCUCUGCGAAAGAUCAUGAUCGUUGACUUCAAACUGACAUAUCCAAGCGGUACUGCCACUGCCCAUCUCAUCAACAGCUUCCAUACCCCUCAAGGUGCAAAGCUAGCUAAGAAGCAAGUGAGAACUUUGGGGAAGUUCUUCUCUUUCAGUUUCUUGUGGGGUUUCUUUCAGUGGUUUUUCACUGGCGGUGAUGACUGUGGUUUCACCGCCUUCCCUACAUUUGGUCUCAAAGCUUAUGCAAGCAAGUUCUUCUUUGAUUUCUCUUCUACUUAUGUCGGUGUCGGGAUGAUUUGCUCGUAUUUGAUCAACAUAUCUGUUCUCCUUGGAGCGAUCCUCUCGUGGGGCGUUAUGUGGCCUCUGAUAGGAGCCCAGAAAGGGAAAUGGUAUUCUUCUGAGAUCCCUGCAAGCAGUCUCCAUGGACUUCAAGGUUACAGGGUGUUUAUAGCCAUAGCUAUGAUCCUCGGUGAUGGCAUCUACAGUUUCAUCAAGGUUCUUUUCAACACUCUUCUCUUCUACUUAUGUCGGUGUCGGGAUGAUUUGCUCGUAUUUGAUCAACACUCUUUUGUUCUUCCAGUCGAUGACCGGUCUCCCUCUUUCCCAUCCGUUUCUUUCGAUGACAAACGAAGAACCGAGCUCUUCCUCAAGGACGGGAUCCCUGCAUGGUUUGCAGUUGGUGGUUACGUUAUCUUCUCAGCGAUUUCCAUAAUCGCCGUUCCCUUCAUCUUCCCGCAGCUAAGAUGGUACUACAUCCUUGUAAUGUACCUCAUCGCCCCCAUCCUCGCCUUUUGCAAUGCCUUUGGAUGUGGACUUACCGAUUGGUCAUUAGCAUCUAACUAUGGAAAGAUUGCGAUUUUCGCAAUCGGUGCCUGGGCUGGAGCCUCCAAUGGAGGAAUUAUAGCCGGACUUGCUGCUUGUGGUGUCAUAAUGAACAUUGUCUCCACAGCUUCUGACCUGAUGCAGGAUUUCAAGACAGGUUACCUGACAUUGGCUUCUCCAAGAUCUAUGUUUAUCAGCCAAGUCAUAGGAACCGCGAUGGGCUGCUUGAUUUCACCAAGCGUUUUCUGGCUAUUCUACACGGCGUUUGACGGGUUUGGACAAUCUGGGUCGGCGUACCCCGCUCCAUUCGCCCUCGUGUACAGAAACAUGUCCAUUCUCGGAGUCGAAGGCUUCUCAACCUUGCCUAAACACUGCCUCAUGCUAUGCUACAUUUUCUUCGGGGGAUCAUUCGCUGUGAACGGUUUAAGAGACGCGGUCGGACCCAAGUGGUCGAGGUUUAUCCCUCUCCCGAUGGCGAUGGCGAUUCCUUUCUACCUCGGAGGGUAUUUCGCCGUCGACAUGUGUGUCGGAAGCCUCAUCUUGUUCAUAUGGAGGAAGGUGAAUAAACCUAACGCAGACGCUUUCAGCCCGGCCGUAGCUUCCGGUUUGAUUUGCGGAGAUGGAAUUUGGACAUUGCCCAACUCGAUUCUCGCCUUGGCCGGUGUCAAGCCGCCGAUUUGCAUGAAGUUCUUGUCGAGCUCGGACAACGUGAGGGUCGAUGAUUUCCUAAACUCUUCUUAAAGAUCUCUCUUUUGGUCGGCGCUUGCUGUUAGGAUUCUGUGCUUCGAUCGUUUCGUGGUGUGUUUUCUGCCAUAUUCUAAGUUGCUUAGUCUAUUGUUCCUAUGUUGUUACUCUUAGUAUGUACAAACACAUUAAAUAAACGUGUUGUUCAUUUUCUUCUAUGUCCGUUUCAUAUGUUA